AUGGCUCAAAGAGUGCUUCUUCGAACAGGCCGGGGCUUGUCGCUCGCGCCUCGCUCCCUGCAGAUCACCCGCUCCUUCAGCACCGUUCUCGAUAUCCCUGUUGACCCUGGAACUCAACAAUUACGCUCAUCAACGCGGACAGGCUCCGUCUUCGAGAACGCGCUCAAUGCGAGUGCGCCCAGGACGAGCUGGACGAAGGAGGAGAUUGCUGAAUCAUCGCGUUACGACACAGGGUUGAAAGCCACGAAACUGUCAUCGGUUGACUCAGUCCUGGAAGCUGCGCGGGUCGCAAAAGAGAAUGGAAGCUCGAGAUUCUGCAUGGGAGCUGCCUGGAGAGACAUGCGAGGCCGCAAGACCAAUCUCAAGAACAUCAAGGAGAUGAUUAAGGGGGUUCGCGGCAUGGGUAUGGAGGCAUGUGUCACUUUGGGUAAGAACCGAGUUUACGAACUGCAUGUGAGACAUACACUGACUUCAUGUUCCUACACAACAGGUAUGGUUGAUGCCGCGCAAGCAAAAGAGCUCAAAGACGCUGGAUUGACUGCAUACAACCACAACGUUGAUACCAGCCGGGAACACUACCCCAGUGUUAUCACCACACGCACCUACGACGAGCGACUCGCCACCAUCAAGAACGUUCAAGAAGCGGGCAUCCAUGUGUGCACCGGCGGUAUCCUUGGUUUAGGCGAGAAGGCUCGUGACCACGUCGGUCUCAUUCACACCGUCGCAACACUGCCAGCCCAUCCCGAGAGCUUCCCCGUCAACGCCCUAGUACCGAUCAAAGGCACACCACUCGGCGAGACACAAGCCAUCUCCUUCGACGCCAUCCUACGAACCAUCGCUACCGCGCGACUCGUCAUGCCGACCACCAUCAUCCGUCUCGCGGCUGGCCGCCACACAAUGCGCGAGGAGAAGCAGAUUAUGUGUUUCCAAGCGGGCGCCAAUGCCGUCUUUACGGGCGAGAAGAUGUUGACGACUGCUUGUAACGGUUGGGAAGAGGAUAAGGCUAUGUUUGGCAGGUGGGGACUGAGGCCUAUGAAGAUGGAGGAGACAAUUGGAGAGCAGCGCAAGCUUCCUGGACAGGAUGAAGCUGAAGCGGUUGUUGCGGCUGCUGAGGCGGAGGCUACGGUUCAGGCACUUGCUUGA